AUGAAAGUGAGAGCUUUAGAUGCGCCGAUGCCCUUCGAUUUUGAACAUAAAGCUACGAGGAUCUUGGCGAAACGGAAGCAGCUCACUAUAGGCAUCAUCGGAUUUGGCAACUUUGGGCAGUUCCUGGCAGAAAGGCUCGUCCAAGCAGGCCACACGGUCUUGGCCACGUCCAGGACAGAUUACAGAGAGGUAGCAGCGGGAAUGGGGGUUGCAUUCUUCACAGACAUAAAUGACUUCUGUGAAGAGCAUCCAGAAGUGGUCAUCUUUGCGUCUUCCAUCCUCUCGAUGGGAUCAGUGCUUGGAGGCCUGCCAGUGCAGCGGCUGAAGCGCAAUACUCUCUUUGUGGAUGUCUUGUCGGUGAAAGAGUUCCCGAAGCGCCUGAUGCUCUCCACGCUACCUUCUGAGGUGGACAUCUUGUGUACGCAUCCCAUGUUUGGGCCAGACAGCGGCAAGCACAGCUGGCAGGGCCUCACCCUGAUGUAUGAGAGAGUGAGGGUAGCAGGUUCGGCUGAUCGGCAGAAGCGAGCUGCUAAUCUUUUGAGGUUCUUUGAGACGGAGGGAUGCCGGAUGGUGGAGAUGAGCUGCGAGGAGCACGACCGCAUAGCAGCGAGCACGCAGUUCAUAACGCACACAGUCGGCCGCAUCCUGGGCAGCAUGCACCUGAUGCCCACCGCCAUCGACACUCGGGGGUUCCAGUCGCUGCUCAACCUCGUGGACAACACCACCAAUGACUCCUUCGACCUCUACUACGGCCUCUUCAUGUACAAUGCGAAUGCGACAGAGGAGUUGGAGCGGUUGGAGCAUGCAUUUGACAGUGUGAAGAAGCAGCUUUUCAGGAGGCUGCAUGAUGUGGCCAGGGAGCAGCUGUUCCAGCAGGCGCCUGCUGCUGCUCCAGAGCGCCUCCUGCUCAAAGCUGGCAGGAGCCCUCAAGCUGAGGCCGGUCAAAACAGCAGCAAUGGGGGAAGCCAAAGUCAAAGAGAACAUGCAGAGAGCACCCCUUUAAUUUGA